UUGCCAAAACGUUGUUUUUGCAUGCGGUUUUGUUUAUUGUGGGUGGCGCCGUAUGCGAACGCGCCGGGACGCCUCUAGCAACAAAAACCAUUUCGCCACAAGUUUUUUUAGAAUUUUACGGGCUAAUGCUAGCCAAGUUGAAUGGGUUCUGCAGCUGUACUGGGCCCAGAAUUAUCCGUAAGGUGUAAGGAAAGCUGACGGAAAAGAGAAGAAUCUUUCUGCAAAUUUCAUUUCUGUAAUGGCGCGUGGGGCAAAUGGACAGCGUGUCACCAGGUCGCGGACACGAAGGCAGAAGGCCGUGACAAGCACAAUUUCUGGGGGAAUACAACAGAAUGUUCACACAGGUGAACAUUCUGUUCAACAGAACUCUGAUCAGCAGGACUUGCUAGAUAGUGCGGUUACCAAGACCACUCGGUCUAAUCGGCAGGGAAAGAAAGUGCAAAUUCCAGAAGGCAGUGCGAUCAAUAAAAGCAGAGAUACGGGAAUCACUCCACCAGCACGCUUUCAUCCCAGCCAAAGCACUAAGACAGAGGAAACCAACAUGGCGCCCCCCACAGAAAAGAGAAAGACUCGGAAAAAGCUUUCACCAGCGACUUCUGGUUCCAAGGCAGUCCGGAGUUCGAAUCGACUUGGCACCAGGAAGAAGCCUUCAUCUGAAAAGGAGGCUCUCGGGGGCAACACAUUUAAGGAAAGCAGGCAUGACAUUCAGACAAAUGCUUCUGCAUUGAAACGCCAGCAGAUAUCGGACAAUGUGCGAACGGACAGUCGGAAGUCUACACUUCAGGCAAGCCUAGGUGACUCAGAGACGAGCACUUUGGUUUGUGAGAGAAACAGGGAGAGGAAAAGAACUGCACAAGCUUUUCCUCAUCAUGAGUCCUCUGAAGAGGGAGAGGGUGCUUCAGCUCAGCCUCCGAUAGAGAGAAAGAAAUCUAAAGGUAAGCGGCCUUUAUCAAAGGCUUCUAAUGCUGAAGCAGUCCCAAGCUCAAGCAAAGCCAAAACCACCGUGACACGAUCAAGUUCGCAGGAAGAGCAGUCUCUUAGGGGUGUUGCCUCUAAGCAAGUUCGGCAGGAUGUUCAGACAAGUGGCCAUGCCUCAAAUGAACAGCACACAUUGGAUAACUCUAACACUCGCAGUCUCAGGUCCAGAAAGCAAGCAUAUGGCAGAGCAAAUCCUCAGGCAGGCAGACCGGUUCCUGAAGGUGCAGGUAGAAUCGCAAGCCUCAGGGAUGCGGAGGCUAGCAGACCAGUUUGUGAGAGGAACGCCAAGAGGAAAAAAACUGCGGAAGCUCUUCGUCAUCAUGAGCCCUCCGAAAAGGGAGAGAGUACUUCAGCUCGGCCACCAACAGAGAAAAGGAAAUCUAAAGAAAAGCAGGCUUCGUCAGAGGCUUCUAAUGCUGAGGCAGCUUCAAGCUCAAGUAGAGCCAAAACCAUCUUGACGCGAUCAAGUUCACAGGAAGAGCAGUCCUUUUGGGGUGUAGCCUCUAAGCAAGUUCGGCAGGAUGUUCAGACAAGUGGCCACGCCUCAAAUGAACAGCACGCAUUGGAUAACUCUAACAGUCGCAGUCUCAGGUCCAGAAACCAAGCAUAUGGCAGAGCAAAUCCUCAGGCACGCAGACCGGUUCCUGAAGGUGCAGGUGGAAUCGCAAGCCUCAGGGAUGCGGAGGCUAGCAGACCAGUUUGUGAGAGGAACGCCAAGAGGAAAAAAACUGCGGAAGCUCUUCGUCAUCAUGAGCCCUCCGAAAAGGGAGAGAGUACUUCAGCUCAGCCACCAACAGAGAAAAGGAAAUCUAAAGAAAAGCAGCCUUCGUCAGAGGCUUCUAAUGCUGAGGCAGCUCCAAGCUCAAGUAGAGCCAAAACCAUCUUGACGCGAUCAAGUUCACAAGAAGAGCAGUCUUUUUGGGGUGUAGCCUCUAAGCAAGUUCGGCAGGAUGUUCAGACAAGUGGCCACGCCUCAAAUGAACAGCACACAUUGGAUAACUCUAACAGUCGCAGUCUCAGGUCCAGAAACCAAGCAUAUGGCAGAGCAAAUCCUCAGGCAGGCAGACCGGUUCCUGAAGGUGCAGGUGGAAUCGCAAGCCUCAGGGAUGCGGAGGCUAGCAGACCAGUUUAUGAGAGGAACGCCAAGAGGAAAAAAACUGCGGAAGCUCUUCAUCUUCAUGAGCCCUCCGAAAAGGGAGAGAGUACUUCAGCUCAGCCACCAACAGAGAAAAGGAAAUCUAAAAAGAAGUGGCAUUCAUCAGAGGCUUCUAAUGCUGAGGCAGUCCCAAGCUCAAGUAGAGCCAAAACCAUCCUGACGCGAUCCAGUUCACAGGAAGAGAAGUCUUUUUGGGGUGUAGCCUCUAAGCAAGUUCGGCAGGAUGUUCAGACAAGUGGCCAUGCCUCAAAUGAACAGCACACAUUGGAUAACUCUAACAGUCGCAGUCUCAGGUCCAGAAACCAAGCAUAUGGCAGAGCAAAUCCUCAGGCAGGCAGACCGGUUCCUGAAGGCGCAAGCCUCAGGGAUGCGGAGACAAGCAUUCUAGUUUGCGAGAGGAAAAAAACUGCUCAAGCCUCUCGUCAUGAGCCUUCCAAAAAGGGAGAGAGUAUUUCAGCUCAGCCACCGACAGAGAAAAGGAAAUCUAAAGAAAAGCAGCCUUCGUCAGAGGCUUCCAAUGCUGAGACAGUCCCAAGCUCAAGCAGAGCCAAAACCGCCAUGACGCGAUCAAGUUCACAGAAGGAGCAGUCUUCUUGGGGAGUUGCCUCUAAGAAAGUUCGACAGGAUGUCCAGACAAGUGGCCACACUUCCAAUGAAGAGCACACAUUGAGUGGCUCUCUCAGUUUCACUCUGAGGUCCAUAAACCAAGCAGACGGCAGAGCAAAUCCUCGGGCAGGCAGAUCUAUUCCUGAAAGUGCAGCUGGAACCACAAGCCAGCCUCCUCAACCGUUCCGCCACAAGAUGGACAGGGAGAAGUUGCGUGCUAGGCCUCGCCACCAUCCAAAACGGAAGUUUGCUCACGAGCCAAUUUUUGUUCUUGAGGACACGCAAUCCUCCCAUCGCACCACGUUGCCAAGCUCAAGAGAUGAGGUGGAUGCUUCCCUGCCCCUGUCUCCUAUCCCUGUUAGUACCUUGCCAGAAGCAGGCCAUGCUGGAAAGUUAGGUUUUCAUUGGUACGAGGCAACAUUUGGUGCGCUGCGUGAACAUACUAAGCUAGCUGAACUUGAAAGAUCAGAUGAUGACAUCGAGUCCCUGCACUGGGUGUCGGAUACCGAGUGGCCAACCGAUGCUCAUCAAACAGAAGAUGACGAUUCAUCCGAUGUGAGCAGUGACGACGAUUUCACUCUUCCUUGGGACGAGGACAGACUUGGGUUUAGCGGACAGUCCAGCCGAGACCAGGAACCAGGCCCAAAGACUGAGGGUCUGGACCACUGGCAAAAAGACGCCCGAAGGAGGGUGCAGGCAUACCUUCCAGGCGUUCGAGUGACAAAGAGAGCCUGGGAAACCAUCUACCAGUGGCAAGACCACUUUCUGAAGAAUAUGGGAGAGUCCCUGGAAGCCAUGGCCCAACGUGUAGGCCACGACAGGAUUGAGGAAGAGGACGUGGUUUGGUACAUCCACAGAUAUCUGGGCACUGCGGACCCCUAUAAGCUGUGGGCCCUGGCCAAUGAACUUCUGCCUGCUGAACUGCUGCAGCGUCUCUACCCUGCUACUCCAUGCCUCCUGUCCUCCAAAAGCCCCGAGUGAUGAUGCCAUGGCGUUCAAGAAACUGGCAGAAGCCUGUGCCGGUGUUAAUCUUGGAGUCCUCGUGAAGUGCAAGGCACUCAGAAGUGUAAAAAGAGAUAUUGUAUCUAGUAUUCUCCAAUUGCCACGGCAUACUUUUACUACAGUCAAUUACACAGCAAAUGCACCGACUACCCAGUGACAUGCAUUGUUUUUGUUGGUGCUAACAUCAUUUUAUUUAUCACAUCAUGUAGAUUGUCAUGAUCACUCUGUUACUUUUAUCUUUUAGGUUCUCUUGCUGACAAGUGUGCAAUUUUAUUUUUAAUCACACAAAAUGACUGUUUAGAACAACGUACAUUAAUUGAAUAAAAUUGUUACCCUAUGACCUUUA